AUGGAUCCGGAGACAUUUCUUUAUUUUGCUUAUGGAAGCAACUUGCUAAAAGAACGACUUCAGCUGAAAAAUCCCAGUGCUACGUUUGUAACUGUUGGUAAACUAAAGAAUUACAAAUUGUGUUUUCGUACCAAUGUCGACCCAGCAACCAGUGAAUUGAAGGGAGGUUCGGCUAACAUUGAGCCUCACCCCGGGGCUGAGGUUUGGGGCGUGGUCUGGCAACUGGACAAGGACGAUAUGGUCAGUCUGAACAGACAAGAACAUCAUCUUCAACCCUUCACCGUCAAGGUGACCUCCAAGGAUGCUGAGUUUGAGUGUCACUGUUUCCAGAUGAUUCCUCAAGACACCAAGAAAACUUAUGAUCGGCGUCCUUCACCUCAGUAUAAAGAAAUCAUAUUGUUGGGUGCUCGACAGUCCAACCUUCCCUCCGAGUACAUAAAGGAAAUGGAAAAGUGGGACGUCAACAACUACGAUGGAAAGGUCGAUAUUUACGAUCGAGUAAUGGAAAUUAUGUCAAAAAGCUGA